AUGCUCACUGACACUGUCAACUAUCUCGGUGCAGAAAAACUUCAACUUGUUUACGAUUCUGGUGCCACCAAAUCCACUGUCAACAAUCUCGAACUACUUAUUGACCCAGUUCCAAUCACCAAAUCCCUCAAUACCUAUGGAGGAGCCGUUUCGAUUUCACACGUUGGAAAGCUUAAUUUUGGAGGAACUAUCAUUCAUCCGGUAUAUUACUCUGAAAGCGGACCAAGGAAUCUGAUCUCAACAACUCAACUCGAAGAUCAUGGAAUGAACGUUAUUCAUUCUCAUCGAAAAGUUCAAAUCCGACUUGGCGAAAAAAUCAUCUUUAGAUUUUACCGCGAAGGUGACUUAAAUAAAUCUGGCCGAGCCAAAGGAUUGGCACAUCAUAUUAGGCCAUCCUUUGGACAUCUACUUAAAAAAUUUUCUCAAACUGAACAACAUCAACUCGUCAGCCGUCAUAGACAGUACGGGAUGUCUCAUUUGUCUCCGUUGUAA